AUGGCCGGAGGAACGAAUGCGCCAUCAGGCGAAUUUAAAACAAAGGACAAAGUGACAAUGUUCUUCGGAGUGAUUGCCACACUUUUCUUCUUCGUUAUGUCGACGUACGAUUCUGGAAUGCAGAAAGUCUUCCUUUGUCUGGCAUUCUUCGAAUUCUGUGCCGUCGCACUUCAUCCCUGUAGAAACGGAUUCACCAUCACCGUUCACUUCAUUUAUCAAACGAUGGUCUUCUUGGUUCCGACUUUUCUAUUUGCAUGCUGCAUUUACAAAGACAACGAGGACAGACUAAACGAAAUUAGAUUGAGAUAUGACCUAAAACCAAAUCUCGACUUUCUUAAAGCAAACGGAUGGGAAUGCUUCAGAGGAAUCAUUGAUCAUUGCUCGAUUUUCUGGCUUGCCGUAUUGUGCAUAGUGUGGACCGUUCGCAUUCUUCACACUCAUUUCUUGUUGAUCGAUUGGAACACGAAGGACCGAUUGAAUAACCCAGAAACCAGAGAUUUGGGACCAAUUAAGCAGAGUUCCCUCCAUAUUCUGCUCAACGUCAUCUUUGCAUCCAUCUUUUCAACUAUCGCCUACUACAGUGAAUAUUCAGAGCUUUUCAUUCGACUGGCUGUGAUUGAGUGGCUCAUGACGUUUUCAUACGUUAUCAAAAACUCAGGGAUCAUGCUUUUACACUUCGUGUUCCAAGCGAAAGUCUUCUUCAUGGUUUUCUCGACCUACUGCAUAGCAAUGAUGUACGAAAUUUGGAAGCCAGAGAUGACUAUCUUCUUAGACUCUCACAAGUGUCAUUUUAUGAUUGUUUUCCUUGAAAAGGAAUCUCUCUUGGUGAUGACCGUGUUUGCUGCAGCUUGGUUCUUCCGUAUGGUUACGACUCACAUUUUCCUUGUUGAAGUUGCGACAGAUUAUCAAGUUCGUGGUCGUCAAGCACAAAGACAAUUCAAUAGGCUUGUGGAAGACAUUUAA